AUGACCAAGGAUAUCGAAUUUGUACAAAACAAGCAUAUCCAAUAUUUGGAAUCCUAUACAACAAUAAAAAAUGCAGAAGAACUAAUAUUUAAUGAAACUCUAAAAAUGUGUGGAGUUUUUUAUUUCCUUUGUUCAUGUAAAAUUUUAUCACAUACAAUAGAGAAAAAAGAUGAGUUCAUAAAUUUCAUUUUAAAAUGUCAAAAUGUGGAUGGUGGUUUUGGAAAUAAUAUAAAUUAUGAUUCUCAUAUUGUUUCUACACAUCAUGCUAUAUUAUCAUUACUUUUAUUGAAUUAUUCUUUUGACAAGAUUAAUGAACACAUGGAUAAAGUAAAUAAUCACCAUGAUAUAAAUAAUUCAAAUGAUAACAAUAAAUAUGAUAUAAAUAAUACUAAUGAUAAUAAUUACAAUGUAUAUUCCAAAACUAUACGAGAAAAUACAUGCAAUUAUAUACUAACCCUAUUUAAUGAAGAUGGCUCCUUUAAAGGAGAUAUAUGGGGAGAAGUUGAUACAAGAUUUGUUUAUAGUGCAGUUAGUUGUUUAACCAUAUUAAACAAAAUUAAUUUAGUUUGUGUAGAUAAAAUAUCAUCAUAUUUAUUAACAAAUUAUGCUAUAUGUGAAAAUGGUUUUUCAUGGGUAAGUGGAAAUGAACCACAUGCAGCUAGUGUUUUUUGCUGUAUUGCAACCUUAUUCUUAAUACAAAAAUUAUAUUUAAUUAAUGAAAAUAAAUUAGCUCAUUGGCUAAGUCUUAGACAAACUACUAAUGGAGGUUUUAAUGGAAGAGCUGAAAAAUUAACAGACACUUGCUACUCUUGGUGGAUUUUCUCUACACUUAUUGUUUUAAAAAAAUAUAAUUGGAUUAAUAAAAAUGCUUUAAAAAAUUAUAUUCUUCUUUGUCAAGAUAUUGAAAAAGGGGGUAUAAGUGAUAACCCUGAUUGCCUUCCAGACAUAUGCCAUACCUUUUUUGGAUUAGCAGCUUUAAGUUUGAUAGAUAAUCUCAAUCAGUCGGAAAAAAAAUAUACACUUCAACAAAUGCACCCGGUAUAUGCAAUUCCUGUUCAUACGGUUAAGAGGAGAAAUUUGCCCUACCACGACAUAGACAUAAUUUAA